CGAAAGCACUAAAUAUUGUGAUUUAUUGUGACCGACAAGUUUAUUCUCUUUUUUAAGUUACUGUAAAUAUUAUUAAUCUUACAGGAUAGGUUAAUAUUCGUGUUGCUGAGGAAAGGAAGCAACAAAUCUCUAAAUCGAUUCUCUGCGCACAAAAUGUUUGUUGAUGGUGGAGGUGAGAAAUCAGAAUGGAGGAAUGCUUCAACACUGAUUCUACCUAUGGAUCUUUAAGUGGAAUGCAAGACAGUAGUAGCAGCUUCAGUAUGUCGCUGAGUGGCAGUGACACAUUCGAGGACCAGCCCUCAACCAGUGGCUGCAGUAGUGAAAUGACACACAAAGAGAAGCGUAAAGCUCGAGUCAAACAGUAUCUACGUCAGCUUAAAGCUAUGGUUCCCCCAGCGUCCGGAAGGAAAGGGAAGAUGGGGACGUUAGGAGCUCUGGAGCAUGUCAUUGGGAGUCUCCAAAAAAUCCAAGAGGAGAAAGAUAAAAGUAAUUUUUCUAAUAGUGAUGCACUAAUAGAAGAACUGGACAAUUCUCUCUUUGACAAAGAUAACCAAUUGAACACACAGGUCCUAAGAUCUGAGGAUGCCAUUCAAGUGGUUCUAACUGUCAAUGAUCUCUCCAUUCUAAGUGUGUCAGACAACAUCACUAAAGUACUGGGAUACCCACCAGACAGCUGGAUCACUAGAUGUCUGACUCAUUAUGUUCACAAGAAGGACAUAGUGACAGUCAACACGAGUUUGAAUGUGGACUCGGUCGAGCUGGCUCAGAUGACCGACUGCGAAGAUUCAGCUGUCGAGAUUAAGUCUGGGGAGAAAUCUAGCCAAAUAAGGAAGAAAUUCUUCUUCAGGAUAAGGAAUUACAAAAGCCUUCAGCACAGUGGGUUUAGCUUGGCACGACCGGACAAGUUUACUACAGUACAGGCCAGUAUGACUGUCAGUUAUUGUCCUGAGGGUAAGAAGACGGGAUCCUCUCCUUCCUCUGGGGAAUCCGACAAAUCGGGCAGAAUUAGUAUCCACCUGGAGUGUGUUCCUCUACAGUCACUGUACAACGUGGAGAGUGUGCAGCUUGAGAAUCAGACAUUCUAUAUGAGGCAUUCCAUGUACUGUAGUUACAAUUACAUGCAUCCAAAUGCCAUUCCCCUGCUGGGGUACCUGCCACAAGAUAUGAAUGGGAUGUCCAUUUUUGAUUUUUACCACAAGGAUGAUUUGGAAACUUUGUAUAACAUAUACAGACAAAUUGUGGUCUCCAAGGGAACACCCUUUAAGAGUAAGCCGAUCAGAUUGAGGACCAGGAAUGGCUGCUGGCUGACUGUGGAGACUGAGUGGUCAAGCUUCGCUAAUCCGUGGUCACACCGGCUGGAGUUUAUCAUUGGUCAACACAGACUGGUCAAACCGCCUACUGACGGCAAUGUGUUCAGUGAACCAGAUCGACCUUUGUUUAUGUCACAGUUGAGUGAUUACCAGCAAAUGCUACAACAAAAAAUCAGACAGAUGUUGCUAGAGCCUGUCACUGAGGGGAAAGUCAUCUCUCCGCUUCAGUCCAGAGUCGAUUCUUCUGAUGAACAGAAAACUUCAGAAGAAUCGGAUAAAACCAAGAUUAAAAGUAAACAACAGAUAGAAAAGUUCACGGACAGGAAAGCGGGGAAAUCACCAGAUUCUCUCCAGUCUGCUGAAUCUAUUGGCAUCAGUUCUAUACAGACCUUCCCGGAACAUGAAACCUCCAUGGCUUAUGAGCAGCUUAAUUAUGCCAACAGCAUCAAAAGGUACUUAAUGAGCCAACAGAAAACAUACUCCUCCUCCUCAGAGAAGAAAGCUACGUCUGAAGAGGAAACAGACACCCCGUGUACCAUCUCCACGACAACUGCAGAACCAUCAGAUUCAGAGUUUGAAGUAGAUAUCUCAGUCCCAAAACCACCUAGCUUUGGAAGUAGUACAAAGGUCCUCCUGUCAGAACAAGAACAGAGGGAGGAUGUGGCUGGUAGUCCUGCUCACCAGAUAGAAGACAACACAGAGGACACGACUGUUUCCCCCGGGGCCCCGGUCCCUGUACCCAUGCCACCCCCUCCCCCUCCUGUGGAGAGCCCUGAUACAUUCAAACCCGUGACGCUCACGCAGGACGCCUUGUUACGUCACACCAGACAGCAGGAAGACCUGUUUGUGGCCCACGCUAAACAGGACAGGAGUCCCAUCAUCCUGAAAUCUAAACAAGGCGAACAUUUACAGGAGAGGAAGAGGAGUCACUCUCCUGACCAAGAGAAAGGGAUGCUCCGACCGUGCAAGACCUCCAGGGGGGACAGCAGUAUUCUGAUCCCUCCCUUCCCCCUCCCCAGUAUAGGAUAUAGACAGGGCGGCCCAUCCCGGGAUAAACUAGGUCACCGGUCAUACAGGAACGAGGAACCGUACACGACGUCACCGUCAGGGCUUCCUGUAUGUACCACCAAACCCUCGCAGAGUAACGUCGGCAGCAGGGUGACCCCCGCCCCCGGCAAUGUCAUGUGGCCUUACUACCCACAGCUAGGCUCAGGAGCCUCCUUUUACCCUCAAGUGAUGGGAGGGUUUUAUCAGGAAGCUAGUCCCUCUCCAGCCACACUAAGCUUCAAUGUCUCCAGUUCUAUGCCGUCCCCUGUGAACACCAAUGGUACGGCUGUAUCCAGGGCUGGUAGACACAAUCUACAGGUACUACAGGGUCACUGUCAGGGUCCGUUCCACCUGCCGUCCAUCACGACCUCGUUUUCUUCGUCUUCGGACAUGUCCAUUUCCCACACGGACAGUGGCUCCUCCUACCUCUAUCUACUGGACUCCGACGACCAGAACAGUGGACAGGAGGACUCCAAGGCUAAAGAAAACAAAAGUAAUAAACGACAAACAGAACCACCCUGGCUAGAGAACAUCUGUUGGAAUAAGAAGCUGGCUAUGAACUACCAGCUCCCAAAUCGGAAAAAGAAUAGGGUACUGAAGUCAGAUAAAGCCUUCAUUACGACGUCCGAGGCUUCUAGUGUCCUCCUGCAACAAAUGAUGGACCUACAAAGCGAUAUUGAACAAAGUCAAGGAGCACCUGUUAUCGAUGAGGAAUGCGACUACCUGUUCUAUGAUGAAGAGGAGACAUUUUCUGACUGUGACAGCAGACUUAUCUCCCUUGAGAAUAUCCACGAUGCUCUAUCUCGAUGUGAAGAUCAUGAGGAUGGCAUUGGAUGCUAUAAGGAUCAGAAAAUUACCUCGGAUCAGAGUAAAAAACCAAUAGGGAAAAAAUCCAGUGACCCUAAUAUGGAGGUGUCUUUAGAAUCAGAGGUUGUGGCAUCCUCUGUUACCGCGGAGGAUAGGCUUCCACCGGAGCAGGUGGACGGAAUGGACUGUCAAACAGAAAGUCAGCCACCUCUGGAAACCCAGGCACCAUUAGAUUCACAAGAACCACUAGAUACUCAGGGACCAUUAGACUCACUGACGAUGGACAUCGAGUCUAAUUGUUCUAAAACUUCGAGUGACAUAACUCCUAGUGAUGAGAGAAGUAGUGGUGAAGCAGGAAGUUCCGUUAAAGAGUCGGACGCGACGUCGUCUAAAGGAUCACUAGACGAGGGCAAAGACUCCUCCGAAUCCGACACAGACGUGGGCAACAGCACCAGGAAAGAUAACUUUGACAUGUUCUUUGUUGUGCCACCUAUUUUCUUUGUCAAUCAUUGUACGACACCUUUCUGGAAUCACACUGUUGAAAUGACACCAUUAAUGGAAAUGGAAUACACAGUAAGUGAAAGGAACACUGAGAAAUGUUUAGGUGAGGAUAUGAGGAGUAUGAAGAACUUUGUACAACCAGAUCUGGUCAAACAGCAAAUGGGCUUCAUGAUGGAGGAAUUAAAUCUUUUUAAAAAGUCCCCAGAAGAAAGUGACACUAAACAACGAGAAAAGGUGACAGCCAGAAAAGAAAGUAGGUGUUCUCUAGACACUAGUUCACUAAAGAAAACAGGGUCACAAUCGCAGUGUAAAUCAGAACAGGGCUUAACAGAGGACUUGUUUAACAGUCUGUUUGUGUCCAUGUUUAACGAGGACUUAUCGAGUUCUAAACAGAGAUCUCCCGACAUUGAGGAUAUUUCUGACUCUCUGGAUGAGGUGGAUUAAUGUGUGACGAGAUAUUGUGUCUGAUUAACUUAAAUGUGUGUGUGGAGUCUAAUAGAGGAAAUUACUUAUGUGUAUGAGGAUUAGAGAUUACUGAUGUAUGUGUGUAAUGAGAUUGGUAAAAUAUGUGUGUUAGUAGAAAUUACUGAUUUGUGUCAGGGAUUAGAUAUUGCUGAUAUACAUGGUCUGUGUAAGUGAAAAUAGAUAAGUGGUGUGAGGGUUAUAGAUGAUAUGAGACUAAGUGAUUAGAGUUGACUGGUAUGUCUGUGUGAGUGAUAUUAGAGAAUAAAAUAUGUGUGUGUAUUAAGUGAUUAGAUAUUUCUUAUACAUAUCUUGAAAGUGAUGAGAACCUGUGUAGGUGGUUGGAGAUUAAAUAUAAUAGUGUGAGUUAGUUUUAUAGAAAUUUCUAGUACCCCGUAGUUCUUUGCAAGUGAGAUUAUUAAUGAAACAUUAAUAUUUUCCCAUACAAACAACAAAAUCAUGUCAAACCCUUUGUCUUUUAUUAAACAUUUAUAUAGAAUGUAACUUCUCUGGCAUGACAGAGCAGGUGUUAAUACAUUUUUAAGACAAUUUGAUAUCAAAUAUUGACGGCAGUCGAAUACAGUAUAGGACAUCUUGUCAUGUCACUAGCAGCAUACAGCAAUGAUCCUUUACCUAGCUACUAUAAAUUAAUAAGACAAUCCUAAGCGACCCCAACACUUCCCUUAAUCAUGUUGAUAUUGAUACACGCAGGGUACCUAAAGUAGAUACACCAUUCCUUGUGGUUAUCAACAUUUUGUUAGAACUCUCAGCUUCCUGCCUUUUGAUCUCCAGUACUUGUAUACAUUAAUAUUUUAUUUGGUUAUAUGACUAUUUUCGAUUAGUCCUAUGAAAGUUUAGAGCAGACGCAUUGUUUGUGUCAAAGAACACAAAGUGUUUUUCUCAUGGUAAAUAUAACCAUGUGUUAACAAUGUAUUUAUGUAAUUAUUUUGUUGUCUUCGAUAUUAUUGUCAUGUAUUGGGUUGUUUUUGUGUUGUAUGUAAAUUUUAAAUUAAAAAGCAUUGUUGUGCUGUUACCAUGUUAAAUAUUUGUUCUGAUUUUGUAAAAAUUAAUUUUAAAAUUGCAUGAGUAAAGGGGUUAAAUUCCAAACUAGACUUAAUAAAAAUGUUAUAUUUGUCUUUUUGCCAUUGGCCAGAAAACUUCAAAUGUCACAAGAUGAUAUUGCUGUUUCUUCAAUUAUUUACUAUCCUUCAAAGAUUGCAUACAAGCUGAACUACACUGUACUUCUUCUGAAAACUUAGCAUAAGGAAAAAAAUCCCUUAGUACCCGUAUGUCAGGAGGGUGAGCUAAAAAAAAGUUCAGCUUUGUAAACAUGGUAAACAAUAUAUUUUUAUAUGAAACAUCAAUGUAUUUUAACAUGGUCUUCUAUUCAAGGUCAUAUUUUAUAGUCUACCACAUACUAUGUAUGUGAAUGUAUUUUUAUCGAUAAGAUAAUCAUUAGCUUCUUUAGUAAAUUUUCCUGUUUUGGAGAUAUCUUAAAGUUUUGAUCAGAUCAUCAAGGGAUUUUUAGGUACAGAAAAAAAACUCAGAUGUUUGUGUCUUUGUGUUUUCUAGGUGUUAGUAUAUAAAUAUAUAUAUGAAUUUUUAAAACAGUCUAAAUCCUAUUUAUUACAGAGAGGGGGAAAUAAGUCAGGGUCAGGUGUUCUUAGCUGCUGGACAGUGAUUUCCUUUAAAUUUAUUCUUUUUUACCAAAGACCAUGUGAUUUCUAAUGUUUAUUUAUUAAAUCUUUUGUAAAACAUUGAUAUCAUAUAACCAUCUUGCAUUACACAUUUGUUCGUCAUUCCAUUGUUAUUUGUUGUUAUCAAUGAAUUUUGAAUAAAAUAUUUUAAAACACUAAG